UGCCACCGCGGCGUGAUCUUCUUUUCUGCCCUAAAGAACUUGUUGCGACAGUCUCCUGCGCCCGGAUCUUGCUUUUCCAAACCCAGAAGCCAGUGCAUGAAGCCAGGGGACAUCAGCCAUGCUCCGAACAACUUGGCCUCAGGAGCCAGUGACCUUUGAGGAUGUGGCGGUGUACUUCACCCAGAAUCAAUGGGCUAGUCUGGACUCUGCACAGAGGGCCCUGUACAGGGAGGUGAUGCUGGAGAAUUACGCAAAUGUGGCUUCCCUGGCAUUUCCGUUUCUCAAACCUGUUCUGAUCUCCCAGCUGGAGAAAGGGGAAGCACCAUGGGGCCCAGAUCCCUGGGACACAGAGAUUCUGAGAGGCAUCAGUCCAGGUGGUGCUUCCUGGAUCGUGAAUGAAGAGCCAAUUAUAAAGCAGGAAGCCUCUGAAGAAACAGAGUUGCACAGAAUGCCAGUAGGAGGACUUUGCAGAAAGGGUUCUCAGCACUUUGAUUUGAAAAGCAAGGCAGUGAGGCAGACUUUUAGUCUAAAUCCAAAUCUGAUACUUCGAGGUGGAAUGAAGUUCUAUGAAUGUAAAGAAUGUGGGAAGAUCUUCAGAUAUAACUCAAAGCUUAUUCGGCACCAGAUGAGUCAUACUGGAGAAAAGCCCUUUAAAUGUAAGGAAUGUGGCAAAGCUUUCAAGUCCAGCUACGACUGUAUCGUACAUGAGAAAAACCACAUCGGAGAAGGGCCUUAUGAAUGUAAGGAGUGUGGCAAAGGUUUGAGUUCCAACACAGCGUUGACUCAGCAUCAGAGGAUCCACACUGGAGAGAAACCGUAUGAAUGUAAGGAGUGUGGAAAGGCUUUCCGUAGGAGUGCGGCAUACCUUCAGCAUCAGAGAUUACACACAGGGGAGAAACUCUAUAAAUGUAAGGAAUGUUGGAAGGCUUUUGGUUGUAGGUCACUUUUUAUCGUCCAUCAGAGAAUACAUACUGGAGAGAAACCCUACCAAUGUAAGGAGUGUGGCAAAGCCUUCACUCAGAAAAUAGCCUCCAUACAGCACCAGAGAGUCCACACUGGGGAGAAGCCUUAUGAAUGUAAGGUGUGUGGGAAAGCCUUCAAAUGGUAUGGAAGUUUUGUUCAGCAUCAGAAAUUGCACCCUGUGGAGAAGAAGCCUGUCAAGGUUCUUGGGCCAUCUCUGGUCAGUCCCCAAUGCCCCUCUUCAGCCUUAUCUCCUGUUCUUCUCCAGGGGUCAUGCUCCGUUCCAGCCAUGGCUGUGCCUUCACUGACCUUUCCACAUGCUGUGCUCAUUCCUACCUCUGGGCCUUUGUUCAUGCUGCUGCCUACAUCUGGAAUACCUUCUUCACCUGCCCAAAUAGUACAUGUCUUCCAGGGUUAUACUCCCACUGUGAAGCCUGCCCCGAUUAUUCUGACCCCUUCUCACCCCUCAUGAGCUUUAUCUUGGCACUCCCAUGUCUCCUACCCUACAAAUCUUCAACCUAAUUUGAGUUUCAUUUGUGUUUUUCCCCCACCU